AUGCACUCAAAAUGGCUAGGCUAUUUUCUUAGAUUUCUGAAAAUGGUCAAAAGAAACACAUAUAUCUUAUUGGCCAAAACUGUAUAUUUUUUGUAUUUUCCACACUUCAGCACCAGAAGCUUUUCUUCUUCCAACUUUCAAUCUUCAUAUUCAAACAGCCAGCUCGUUUUCACUUCCCCUAUUCCUUCUUCCCCUCUUUCCGAUGAUCAUGCAACUACCGUAAUCCGUCCUUGGUCACAUAGCGGACACAUUCAGGUUCCAUUCAAAGCCCCUUCUCGAACUUUGUGUUCUCAGGGUGCGGCUUCUUCUUUUCACGUCGCCAAAAAACUAACAUCAUUCUCGUUCACUGGCUCUGUAUUGUGUUCUUUCUCUGUUUGUCUAGCACCCUGA